AUGAAUUUUACUAAACACAAUCAAGCUGUUUUAGAUUUAGAUUCACCCGACUCAGCUGUUCGUGUAAAAGCUUUACGCUUUAUAAAAAAUAAUAUCAUCGGAAAUAAAACGAAAAAAGAUCUUUACAUCGGACUUAACGUUAUUCCAAAACUUGUCACUUUUUUCAUAGAAAAUGAAGGUGUUGACCCUGAGGUUCAAAUCCAGGCAGCGAUCGUCUUGGGCAGCUUUGCUUAUGGCGGGGAAGAGAAUGUGACCGAGAUAGUAAAACAUGAGGCUGUCAAACCUUUAUUAGAAUGUAUAUCGUCAAAAAAUGAUCCCAGGUUGAUCGAAGCUGCUGCUCGUGCUCUAAAAGCUAUUUAUAAAUGCCCAACUGCAGAUAAGAAUGACAUAUUUCAAGGCUAUCAUCUCCAAAACCUUAUCACUCUUCUUGAUCCUGAUGCGCUUAAUCCGAAGACGGAUCGCGAAAAAAUCGCGUCGGUACAUACUGCUGAAUUGGCUGCGACUAUAAUUGCACGUUGUUGUGAUACCAACGAACAGCAGAUCCAGAUUGCACAAGCGGGUGCCUUUCCUAAAUUGGUCAAUUUGUUAACUUGCGGGUUUUCUAAAGCCCAGGAAGCUGCUUUGGAUGCGCUUGCGUAUCUGUGUCGAGAAAACUCUGAUUUUGGCAAGGAAAUCGUUAAGACAAAAUCUGAAACAAAUGAGAGUCCGGUCAAAAUCAUGUUAAAUUUAAUCCGUGAUAAAUCACCGACAAUGCGACUAAUAUCAGCUAAAUGCUUGACGCAUUUGUGUCGUGCGAAAGCGAUUGACGAAUACUUAAAUGACAUUACGUUAGCCGUAUUGCCAACGUUAGUUAAAUUACUUGACGAGAAAGGUCCUGUCCGUGAAGAAGCUCCGCAUGUUUUAGCAUACUUGAUUCGUGAUAACGAAGAAUUACAAAAGGCCGCUUGUGAUUCAGAAGCCGUACCAAAAUUAGCUGAAUUUGUUACUCAUAUUAGUGAUCAAAAUAGUUCAUAUUAUGAUCCUCUAGGUGACGGUGAUAAAUUGAAGGAGGUAUAUAUCGGUUUAACUAUAAGUUCUUUAACUGAUGAAGGUCGAAAGCUGGUUGUUGAUGCCAAAAUAAUCCCUCAUAUUGUUGCAGCAAUGUCGCAUCGUUCUUACGGAGUUCGUGCUGCUGCAUGUCAAUGUACCCGAAGUCUCUCAAGAUCUGUUCAUAUAUUACGUACCAACCUUGUAGAUGCAGGAAUCGCAACGCCUUUAUUUAAAUUAUUAUCUGACGAGUCAACAGACGUACAAACAAUGGCGUGUGCUACACUUUGUAAUAUAGUACUAGAGUUUUCACCUAUGAGAAAGCAAAUUAUGGAACAGGGAGGAAUAGAAAAGUUAGUUAAAUUAGUACAUUCUCCUGAUAAUACACUAAGGCUUAAUGCUAUAUGGGCAUUGAAGAAUUUAGUUUAUCAUGCAGAGUCUGAAGUCAAAUAUAGAGUUAUGGAAGUGUUGACAUACUUAACUAUGGAAAAAUUGAUUGAAGAUCCUGAACUUGACGUGCAGGAAAAAGCGCUGAAUUUAUUGAGAAAUCUAGCUUGUCCAAAACCAGAAGACAUUGAAGAAGUAUUUAAAGGAUUAACCGAAAGUCGAUUGAUGAACAUCAUAGAAAGUAAACUUUGUUCUUGGAGUGAUGAAAUAAUUAAACAGAUCCUAUUUGUCAUCAACAAUAUUGCAACUGGUAAUGAACACCAUAAAAAAACUAUUAUGUCAAGGACUAAUAUUUUGUCGCACAUUAAGAACUAUAUGGGUCACCAAAAUCCUGAUAUCCGUGUUGCUGCAGUGUGGUGUCUUAUAAAUUUGACAUGGAUGGAAGAUAAACACAGUAGUUCUCAAUCGCGCGUUCGAGAGUUACGUCAGCUCGGUUUUGAAGAUAUAGUGAAAGAUAUGGCAAACGAUGAAAAUUUAGAUGUUCGUGAAAAAGUGAAGAUGGCUUUAGUACAAUUUUCUCAAUGA